UUGGCCUCAAAGUUCCUAUAUAAAGGGCCUCCCAACUCAGUAUGGGCACAAAGCACCUUCAAGUCCUAAGCUAUUAGGAUCUACAGCUUCUGCUCCAGGAAAGCCUCUCUUCCACCAAGACCAUGAAGCUCUGUGUGGCUGGGCUCUCACUGCUCAUACUCAUCGCUGUCUGCUGCUCUCCAACGUACUCUGCACCAAUUGGUUCUGACCCUCCCACAGCCUGCUGUUUCUCUUACUUCUCAGGGAAGCUUAAACGGGAAUUUGUGGUAGAUUACUACGAAACCAGCAGCCUCUGCUCUGAGCCUGCUGUAGUAUUCAUAACCAAAAAGAACAAGCAAAUCUGCACCAACCCAACUGAGUCCUGGGUCCAGGAGUACGUGGAUUUUCUGGAAUUGAACUGAGCUGCUCAGGGCUAGUGACCGGGUCUGCUGGGAAUGUCAUCUGAACAUGAGAUAU